AUGAACAGGUGGCAGAGGUACCUGGAAGAUUCGGGGCUCAGCCCAAACACCGUCAUCGGGUUCCGAAACAAGUUCGGAACUCAGGACGCCAUGAUACAACUGAAAAAUGAAAUCCUCGAUGACACUACCAACACAAAAGACAAGCGAGCCAUCUUGGGUUUGGACCUGCAGAGCACUUUUGACAAAGUGAGACACUCUGCGAUCCUGGCCCAGGUGUCACGGCGAAACACGGGCAAGAUAACAUAUGCGUACAUCCACAAUUUUUUGACGGAGCGGACUACCGAAAUCAUCGCCGGUGACCUGCGGCUCCAAAAGAAGGAGCUCGGCAGUGUCGGGACCCCCAGGGCUUGGUCAUCUCGCCAUUACUUUUCAACCUUGUAA